GGAGUCAGCUCCGGUUUAGAAAAGCCUUAGAAACUCCAGCGAGCUCACUAUGGAAACCAUCUGGAUGCAAGUUCCAUUGGCCUUCCUUUUGCUCCCACUCUUCAUCUUUGGGGCACCCACAGAUGAGUCUGAACCCCAAGAAGUCACAACCACCUUGAGGGGCUGCAGACGCUGCUGUGACUCACCGGAUGCCCCUGGGUCCCCCUCGGAGGCUGGUCCUGGGACAAACAGCCCUCGCUCCUUACCAUAUAUAAUCCCAGAGGUCCGACCAUAUAUCAACAUCACCAUUCUGAAGGGAGAUAAAGGAGAUCGAGGCGAGCCUGGGAUUCCUGGGAAGUGGGGCAAAGAAGGUCCCUCUGGUGAACGGGGAGUCCCGGGGCCCAAAGGCAGCAAGGGACAAAUGGGGGCCCCAGGAGAUCCUUGCAAGCACCAGUAUGCAGCCUUCUCGGUGGGCCGCAAGAAGGCGCUCCACAGCAGCGAAGGCUACCAGGCCCUGAUCUUCGACACGGUCUUUGUCAACCUCUACAGUCACUUUGACAUGUUCAAGGGUAAGUUCUACUGCUACGUGGCUGGCCUGUAUUUUUUCAGUCUCAAUGUCCACACCUGGAACUUCAAGGAGACCUACAUGCAUGUCAUGCGCAACAACCAGGAGGAGGUCAUCCUCUACGCCCAGCCCAGUGACCGCAGCAUCAUGCAAAGCCAGAGCCUGAUGCUGGAGCUGCAGGAGAAUGAUGAAGUCUGGGUCCGCCUCUACAAGCGUGAGCGGGACAACGCCAUCUACAGCGAUGAUGUGGACAUCUACAUCACCUUCAGUGGCUACCUGAUCAAGCCCAGCCUUGAAUAAGAGGGUUUCCCUCCAGAGCACCUCUUCCACCUCCCCGAAAGCAUCCUCUUUGGACUGCUUGUAUACUGCUGCACAUCAUACACAGAUCUGAAGAGGGAUUGAAGGAGACUGGAGAAUGCAGACUGGAGGAAAAGAGUCUUUCUGCAUCGAACGGUAUCAUUCUUUUGCUCACUGAUGGGGAAGCCUGCUCGCUUUGCCAGACGAGACUGCGAGGUUAGAGCUGGGAUUCCCAGGUUGUCUGUAGAAACCAUUGCAGCCACAAUCUUGGACGGAUUCCUUGCACAGCUUGCUUGGAUGUGGUGCUUCCUAACCAGUGGGUUGCAUCCAAUGUUAGUCGUACAUAGAGUAGCCCCAUUGAAAUGAAUGGGACUCAAGUUAGGCUACCAUUAAAUGCAAUCCAGUAUAUUCUGCUAGGUGUUCUUGUUUGCACAGGGAAAUUGAUUUGAGCUGUCUCAAGUGAGUUCCACUUUCAGGUAGAAUUCGAGCCAAAUUCAGGUUAGCAUUAUUAUGGCCUGCCAAGUGCAUGACAAUGUCCCCUUGUUUUUGCAGCAACCCCCCCCCCCCCCCCCGAAGUUUAUUGAACCUUUGGUGUACUGCCUCUUGUAGGCAGGUCUGCAAAUCACAGUGACAUUAACCAGUCCUGGGAAUGAGAUUAGGGACAUCCUCCAUUAACUAACACCAAAUUAAAAUGGUGUUAGCUUGUCUGUGUUAGGAUCUACUUCUGAGAGCAAAUGGGUUAAAAAGGAAUCCAUCUGGUAUGUCUUACUUUUCACAGAAAUUGGAAGUUAGAAAGUUUCCAUACUAGUCCCAGAAUAAGUGUUGCAAUUGGACAACCAUCUGUCAGGGAUGCUUUAGGGUGGAUUCCUGCAUUGAGCAGGGGGUUGGACUCGAUGGCCUUGUAGGCCCCUUUCAACUCUGCUAUUCUAUGAUUCUAUGAAUUGGUUGGGCUGAAAUUUUGAACUCCCCCAUAUGUUGUUCGCAUAAAGGCCAAAAUCCAGCACACAGGUUGUGCACAGAAUCAAUGGGGGCUUCUUCUUCCCACAUUGUGAGCAAGAUUGUGGCCUGUGAACAUGUUAGCUGGCCAAUCCACUUGUGUAUAAACCUCGGCUCAGCAUGAGCAUCAGAAUGUCCUUGGUAAGGCUCAAAGUCUGAAAGGAACAGGCCACUUAUGGCAUGGGUAAAACAUAGAAGAAUGGAAGCUAUCUAGAGUCAACCUUUUCUUUCUGAUUUUCACAAGUGGGACCUGCAACAAAAUGUUGUGCAUGGUGUGUUCUUGUUCAAGAUGCCAGCCAUGCCCUUUCCAAAAUACUCCAUUCCUUUCCCCUCCCCCCUUGUUUUCCAUCUCCCUCUCCCGCUGCCAAUCCUCAGUCAGUCAGUCAGUCUGCCAUGCCUAGUAAGCAUGUUCAGUCCUCAUUGGGCUGUUUUGGGUGUCCCCACCACCACCACCACCACCAAAAAGAAAAAGAUAUUUUGUAUUUCUGCAAACCUUGACGUUUACCCAAGCCUGCUGAUAUUGACCUCUUAUGUGUGGAUGGUGCUGAUUUGGCUACAUAAGGAUCCACACUCAAAGAAUGAAUUAGCUCUUAGUAUGUUGGACAUUAAUCCUGGGAUGCCAAAGAAAUUGAUGUAGCAGGCAGGGACAGCGUGGAUUAGCUCCUGAGCAUCCAGCCAUUUCAUCAGGGAGUAGUCAGGCAUAAAGUAGGCAUGGGGAGUGAUCCAUCAUAAGGAAGGGGCUGUAGUUCUGUAGUCGAGCUCAUGCUUUGCAUCUACAAGAUCUCAGGUUCUAUUUCCUCACAUCUCCACCUAAAAGUACAUCAGGAGCAAAGCUGUGGAAGGCUCCUCUCUGAAUUCGGAAUACUGUACUGUAGGAACUAGUGGUCUGAUCCAGUAAUAACGUAGCUUCACAUGUCUGUCAUCAGAACAUAGUGUAGCAGGUGACUUCUGUGUGCACACAAUUGGUGGUGAUCACUAAGGAUUCCUUAUGUCAUUAGCAUGGCACAGCAAGUCACAGGUACUUCGGAGGAUACAAAUACACAUGCUUUUCCUCCCCUUCCUGCACUACACAUAAGAUUAAGUACAUAACCACUGGCAAGCCUCUCUCUCUCUCUCUCUCUCUCUCUCUCUCUCUCUCUCCCCCCCUCUCUCUUUUUUCCCUUCUCAUCCAUCCCAAGUCCCAUCUGCUCUAUGAGGAUGAUCAUUCUGACCUACCAUUGAGGGUUGUUAUCCGGAUUUUUGAGAUUCUUUAUGUGAAGCACUUUGAACAUUCUCCAAAGUGCUAUAUAGCUCCUAAGAGUUGGCUGUGUCAGCCUUUCCUGGCCUAGUGCCCUUUGCAUGUUUCGAACUGCAGUUUCCAUCAGCUCUGGCUGCUAUGGUCAGUGGUCAGGAAUGGGGGGAGUUGUAAUCCAAAACAUCUGGAGGGCACCAGGUUGGGAAGGCUGCACUUUGUUAACAGCAACUUUUAUGCAUGGGUGGUGAAGACACACGCGAGAAUGCACCGAUCCAUUCUGUGCCAUGCACACACGCUGCCUCUACCAUUCCCUUGUAGCUAACAGAUAGGAGGACAGAUAGAGGUAUACAGCUCUCCUCCGAAGCUCACAGAUAUCCCAGGAUGUCCAGCUAAGUUUGGGAGGCGCACGGGGCAUGGAUUUUUGCUUUGACCUGAUGGGCAGUGCAGGGUUAUGGGAAGGAGGGUCGGGAUGGACAGGAAAGUCUGGGGCUGAUUGAACAAGAAAAUGACACACACACACCCUGCGAGGCACAGAUUGGGAAACCAGCUGUUGUCUAUUUGCAACGCGUGGCGUCCCUGUGUCUCUCUAGGGAACAGCAGGAAUUUCUAGCACUGAAUCGCUUCCAGACCUGAGCUCUGAUUUCCUCAAGCUGCCUUUGCCUCCAUUCCAAUGUCAGAAGAGUUCUCCAGUGUUUUGGCUGAAAAGCUGCAUUUUGAGUCAAGAGGGCAAAGUGUGUUGGGGCGGGGGAGGGAUUGUUUACAAAGUUGGCUGCUUGGUUUUGGUGCUAAAUUAGACUUCUAAAUCUUGGUGCUAAAAGAGGCCCCUUUGGUGCUAAACCAGGAUACUGGAGUAUAAACUGGUGCUUGCUGAAGGAGAUAUUGAGGCAAUAUGGACACAAUGGACUGUGGAAUUUAUGGUGCUUUAUAGAAGACCAGCCAACAAGAACUCUUGUGUGUGUGUGUGUUUGUGUAUAUAUCCCCCCUAAACAUUAAAACUUCUGUAUUGCACUUUGAAA